AUGGCGACCGUUUUAGCGCUGAGUCGCUGCUCGAGUUCUGUACGGAGAGCGUCCGAUAACUUACUUAACCGGCCACCGGUCUCCUUCGCCAGGAGUUUGAAAUUCAGUCGCCGGCUAAUCGGGAACUGCUCGAUUGCGGCGGCUCCUUUUGUUGUGGCGGACGACGAGAAGUACGGGAAGAAGCAGGUUAUCAGUCUCACUCCUCGCCUUUACGACUAUGUCCUCUCCAACGUUCGCGAGCCUAAGAUUCUGAAGCAGCUUCGGGAGGAGACUGCCAAAAUGCGAGGUAGUCAAAUGCAGGUAUCUCCGGAUCAGGCGCAAUUACUAGCAAUGCUUGUACAGAUUCUUGGAGCAGAAAGGUGUAUUGAAGUCGGAGUUUACACGGGGUAUUCAUCAUUGGCUUUGGCGUUGGUUCUACCAGAAUCAGGGUGCCUAGUUGCCUGUGAAAGAGAUUCUAAUUCUCUUGAAGUUGCUAAGAGGUACUACGAGCUUGCUGGAGCCUCUCACAAGGUUACUGUGAAGCAUGGUCUUGCAGCAGAUUCAUUGAAGUCCAUGAUUCAGAACGGUGAAGGAUCCAGCUAUGAUUUUGCGUUUGUCGAUGCUGAUAAGAGGAUGUAUCAGGACUACUUCGAAUUGCUUCUUCAGCUUGUCAGGGUUGGUGGAGUCAUUGUGAUGGAUAAUGUACUUUGGCAUGGACGAGUUGCGGAUCCAAUGGUGAAUGAUGCGAAGACCACUAGCAUUAGGAAUUUUAACAAGAAGUUAAUGGAUGAUAAACGCAUAAGCAUUAGCAUGGUACCAAUCGGCGAUGGCAUGACGAUAUGCCGCAAGAAAUAA